AUGCGACUACUAAAUACCACGUCUCUAGGGCUCAAGGAGUUCCAAGGCGACAUGGUCCCUCCGUAUGCGAUACUAAGCCAUACGUGGAUCGACGGCGAGGAGAUCAGCUUUCACGACUUCAUAGACCUGAGCCCGUCUACAGCGACCAAAUCCGGCUUCCUCAAGAUUCAGGGGGCGUGCAGGAUCGCGCGACAGGAUGGCAUUGAGAGUAUGCUGGCUCCGUCGCCGGCGGCGUUCUGCGACGCGGGCGAGUAUGUCCCGGUUGAUGCCUGGGAAGCGCCUAUGCCAAGCCGGUUUCUAGAGCGUCUAGUCAUCCUAUCUAAGAAGGCGACGGAUACUAGGGAGCGAUACAAUCUAUUUAUCAGGUCCCGGUUUGUCCCGCAGCCUGGAAGCCUCUAUAACCAUCGCCCGCGCAGACCUUCUGUGUUUAGACAUGGCGUCCUGCUCUUUGUCGAUCCGACUACGAAACGGCUCCUGUCGACAGGGAGGCAGGAUGUACCGCUCGGAGCCGUGGGUUGUGAUAUUGAGACGCAUCCUCCGGGUCUCUUCGAUGAGGACACGGCACUGUUACGGCUACCGGUCUUCGAAGGUGGUAGUUCGUUGCUGACAUCGGGGCUACUACGUAUCUGCUUUAAGUCACCACAGGAAACCGAUUUCUACUUAUUCUUCGCCGUCAUCUCGACCUUGGGCGGGAGAGAAGUCUGGCACUGCAGCAUACACUCUGCAGAAGACUUCUUCCACAUCAAGCUUGCGAUUCGAGAACACGUGGAAGAGGGCGGCGUACCGGUGCAGGAAGAGGUCUUGAUACAUAACUGCCUGAGGAACGAGGUAUGGGAGAAUCGUCGUAAGCAGUUAACAGCGCACACUCCAGACGAAUCGCUCUUUGUCUCUAUUGGUGGUACAGUAACUCUGUAUCCAGAUACCGACAUCCGCGCUGCUAUGCUAUCCGGUAAGUGUGAGUCGCCCUAUUCAGUCCCAAUCAGCGCGACGGAUCUUAGCGGAGUUGUCGACGAAACAGACGACAGUGACUACGUGGACGAUAGCGAGGAGAAGGAGCUUGAAGACUGGGACUCGUCGAACGAGGGAGAAGAGAUCGGAAGUAGCUUGGCCAUAGGAGAAGACGCAAACGGGCUGCGGAGAUGGGACGUCAACAGCUCUGGCGAGAACUCGCAGACCCCAUCGUCUGCAUCAUAGUCGUGUCAACCUCCUGGCCUAGAACCCCUUUUCCCUGCAUUGUGGGGUUUGAUAGUUCGUGUUCUCGGGUACUUGGACUCGGUCAUGAUUAUCGUCUGGUGUAAUAUUACAACUCGAUUGAUAAGUAUACUAUUGGAACAUGAUGUGGAAUAUUUCUUGAGGCUAUGGUGUUGUUCCACGAGGAACUCUAAGCUAGCAAGCCUACGGCUAUACAUAUUAAUAAUGUCCUUUGUUCUAGAUGUCUCAUCUAGAGUCCUC